GGGAUGAGAGCCUCUCAGAUAACAUGGAAGAAAUGGGGCUGAUACUCCAUAUGUGGAUGGCGCUGUUUUACAGCAAACAGUUCCAAGCCCUGACAGUUCGAAAAGUGGUUGAGCACAGUAACCCUGCCAAGUACGUGUCCCUGAACAGUCUUGUGGAUCCCUCGGAGCCCAUUGAUGAUGGCAGUGGAGCUUACGUUUUGGAGAAAUGCCCUGCGGAUUCUCUUUCCAAAGCUGACCAGGUAGCUGGUGAAGGAGGAGAUGAUGGAUCAGUUUCUCCUACGGAGAAACCACUCUCGUGUAACAAACUGACCUCCACCAACUGCGUAGAGGAUGAGGGCCCUCUUAUUAAUCUUGAAGAAACCAAGGAUCUGCUUUGGAAGGAGGUGGUUGGAGAAGAGCCCAAAGAACAAUCCUUGCUACACCCUGUCCUUCCUGCUGAAAACUUGCCUGGAGCUGAUGAACGUGUGGGCCCUCAGACCUGUAAAAUGAAGGCAGAAAGAAGUCAAGGGGCUAAGUUAGUUGAAGCUUCCCAAAGUGAUGCUUCUGUGUAUACGGGACUCCCAGAGUGUUCAAGGGGCCAACAGCCUGUAGCAAGCACCGAAGUUGCUGUUUCUGUAGAGAGUUGGGGAAUCAACAUUGCGUCCUCUUCAGAAGAGGUGGAGGAAGAGAACUUCCCAGCUGGUGGUCCCAAACUAUGUACGUCAGAAGCAGUGUGGUUAGAAGCAGACAUGAAGUCUAGGGAAGCUGAUAGUCCAGGUAGAAAGGUGCAAGAUCUGCACGGACUCCGUACAGAUGAGGAAGAUGGAGAAAGCAUGGACUGUGGAUCAAUUGAUCUCACUCUUUCAGAAAGCAACGAUGCUGACACGGAAGCCAGAGAUGUGGAUCUGGACCCAGAAAAUGAGGAAUAUCCAGAGGAAAGUUGUGUGAAAGGAAGGAAAGAAACAGACAGUGUAUGUGAUGUAGUGUCACCCACCCAUAGCCCUCUCCCAUGUAGGACAUCACCAGAUGCCUUGUCUGUGCAUCAGACGGAAUUCCUGGGUGCCCAAGAAAAUGCUGUAGGACCAUCCCCAAAUUCUGAAUCUCCGAACCAAAUGGGUUUGAUUGAUACAGUUCUUCAGCAGGCAAGCCCAUUACAUGAAAUGGCUUUUGAUGAAAAGAUUGCUGAAUCAGCCAAAAAUAUUGAUCCAAUAUCUCCAGAGCAAAUGAAUGAGGUGGAGAACUCACAUAUGUCCCAGGAAGAUACACCAAUCUUGGCAGAUUCAGCUUCCAUUCAAGCUUCUGGAGAGUUCCCAAGUGAUCUAGGUACUCAGGAUGAAUCAUUAGAAAGUCAAGAUUCUCUUGAAUCAAUGAAAAGUCCUAGGAUUCCAAACCAAGUUGAUGUAGUUGACAUUUCCUCUGUUUCCCAUGAAGACAGUGGGAUCCAUUUGGGUUGUCCAGCUUCAUGGCAGGCUAGUCCUGUCCAUCAGAGAGCUCCUGAUGAAACUGUAGAGCUGCCAAGGGUUCAGGAAGAUGGUCUGGAAAACCCCCUAUGUCACAUAUUUCAAAAUCGAAUGGAUUUGAUUGAAGAUAUUUCUCAGGACAGCACAGAACUGGCUGAUCCCCCUGUGCAUCUUUGUGAACCAAACAAUGAACUAUACAUGAACUUGGUACCAAACAGUAUGUCAACUCAGCAGGAAUUCGUGGAAAACCAAGAGAGUUCUGUUGGAUCCACUCAAAGACUUGCACUUGCCAAAGAAAUGGAUUUGGUUCAAAGUCCUUGUGCUCCUCAAGGAAACCAUCUGGCUAGUGUAGUCCAUGAAGCUGCAAAAUUGCAGGAAGACCACAGUGUCAAGAUGGAUUUGGCUGAGGAUUCUUCCAUUCCCCAGGAAAAGGAAGCCAUUAACCCAAUGGACAAUGUUUUGUUGCAAGUUAAUGAACAACAGCCAGUACAGCUCAAAUUUGGCGCUCAAGAGGAACAGAAGACCAUACAGAGAGAAGAGUUACAGCAUACAAAAGAAUAUCUGAGCUUGGAGUUGCCCAAUGUGGAAUCUGAGACUUACUCCAAGAGUGAAACAUGUUUGGUUCAAGAGAUUGUCAGAGAUUCUUCUGUACAUCAAGAAAUAGCAUCUGAUGAUGGUGUUGAAAAACUGACUGUUACCGCGGUUGCUGUAGCUGAAGAUAUCAUCACUUUAAUUAAUGAGUUGGUAGACACUGUAUGUGCCAUGGUAGUUCAGAGCGAAGAAAUGAGCGCUAAAAAGAAUAUGGGCUUAGAUUGGAUUAAUUCAGUAAUGCUGGAGUGUGUGACACCUCCUGAGAGUGAUGACGAGGGUUGCCCAACUGACCAGCUUUCCCACGUUGACUCGAAAUGGGCGGAUGAAUGUUUAGAACAGAGUUCCAUCUUCAAUGACCAAGAGAGAGACUUACAAGCCUGCGUUCAAGGACGUGGAGA